AUGAUUAAUAAUAUAAAUAAAAUAGUUUUUAAUAGUGGUUUUAAAAGAUUCUAUACUUCAUAUGAUAAUUUAGGUAGAAAUUUUUUAAAGAAUUAUAAAGAUGUAAAGAGUCUUUAUUCACCAGAAAAUAUUUAUAAAAAAAUAACAGAUGACAAUAAAAAAUUAUUAGAAAAUAUUAAAAGUGAAAAUACAAUUUAUUUAUCAAAAUUAAUAACUAAAGUGGAGUCAACUAGAGAUGAUCAUCAAGAACAAAGCAGGUAUAUAAUUUCAUAUUUACAAAGUUUACAACAAAAGGAAAAAAAUGAAGAUAAAAAUAAAACAUAUAGAAUAGGUAUUACAGGACCACCAGGAGCAGGUAAAAGUACAUUUAUUGAAUCUUUUGGUAAACAUUUAACAUCACUUGGUAACAAAGUAGCAGUUUUAGCAAUUGAUCCAUCAAGUAUUAGAACUGGUGGUAGUAUUAUGGGAGAUAAAACUAGAAUGCAACAACUAUCAGUCGAUCCAAAUGCAUAUGUUAGACCAAGUGCAACUCGUGGUUUUUUGGGUGGUAUUACUAAAGGUACAUCAGAUACAAUUGUUUUAUGCGAAAGUGCUGGUUUUAAUAUUAUCAUUGUUGAAACUGUUGGUGUAGGUCAAUCUGAAGUUUCAAUUGAGCACCUAGUUGAUGUAUUUUGUCUUAUUGUUCCACCAGCCAAUGGUGAUGAACUUCAAGGUUUAAAGAAGGGUAUUUCAGAAUUAGCUGAUUUGGUUGUUGUAAACAAAGCUGAUGGAGAUCUAUUACCAAAGGCCAGAUUCACAGUUUCUGAAUAUCUUUCGGCAUUUAAAAUUCAAAGACCAAAGAACUUAAAAUGGAUACCAAGAGUAUUAUCGUGCUCCUCUGUAACCAAAGAACAUAUCGAUAAUGUUUGGAAUGAAAUGCUCAACUUUAAGAAGGUAAUGAUGGAAACAGGCGAUUUCACAAGAAAAAGAGCUGAACAAAAAGAACUAUUUAUGAAGAAACUAAUCGAAGAAGAGUUAUCAAUGAUGUUAUUAAACAAUGAAGAGGUUCAAAAAUUAAUACCAUAUUUUGAGACUCAAGUUAGAGAUGGCAUCAUUUCACCAUCACUAGCUUCCAACGAAAUUAUUAAAACUUUUAUGGAAUAUGAAAGAAAUAAAAAAGAAGAAGUACUUCAUUAA